GGCGGGGAGGCAGCGCUGCCGGGCUGAAACCCGCGUUUCGGGGUUGGAGCUUCCGUCCCGGUGCGGUGAACCCGCCGUCCUGCCUCACGGAUUGGGCCGGGGGGGUCGGGGAGGGCUGGGAGCACCCACCCCCCCACACACCCACCCCCCGCUGCCCCGGGGGUGCUGGCGGAGCGGGGGGAGAGCCGCUCGGGGGGGGGCGGCCGCCAUCGCGCCGGGUCUGGGAGUGAAUUAAAAACGCCGUAGUUUGGCUUUUCGGCAAACUGCCGACCUCGGUCGUUGUAGCUGCUCUUUCCUGAAUGUCGCCUGCCGGGUGGUAACGAGGAGCAGCGCCUCGGCCGUUCCCGCUUCUUCCGCAGCUCCUCUGGACCGAAGCCCGUGGAAGUCAUCCCAAAAAGAGCGCGUUGUUGCAGCAGGGCCAGCAUCCGUGUGGGUUUUGCAUCAGCAGAGCGUGCAGCAGGAGUGCUGAGUUCCUCCCCCGGCUUGCCACAGGCGAGGAUGGAUUUCUCAGAGGCCUACUCCGAUCGAUGCUCUGCUGUGGGGCUUGCUGCCAGAGAAGGGAAUGUUAAGAUGCUGAGGAAACUGAUUAAGCAGGGGUACAGCGUGGAUGUUGCGGAUAACAGGGGCUGGAUGCCAAUCCAUGAAGCCGCAGCUCGCAAUUCGAGUGCGUGUCUGAGGGUGCUUGUUCGUGCAGCUCCAUCUGAGGACUACAUCAAUUCAAAGACGUUCGAGGGGAACUGCCCGCUGCACCUGUCAGCAUGCCACGGGUCUUUGGACAGUGUUCGUGUUCUUCUGGAAGCUGGGGCUGACCCCAAUGAAGUCAACACUGAAGCCACCACCACACUGUUCCUAGCUGUUCAGAAUGGACAUGCAGAUAUUGUAAAGUUUCUGCUCCAACAUGGAGCAAAUGUUAAAGGACCUCAUACUUUCUCUGGAUGGAAUUCUUUGCACCAAGCUUCUUUUCAGGGAUGCACUGAGAUAAUGAAAAUACUCCUGGAGAAAGGGGCAAGCAAGGAAUGUAAGGAUGACUUUGGAAUUACACCUUUGUUUGUUGCUGCUCAGUAUGGAAAGCUGGAGAGUUUAAGACUGCUUAUAUCUCAUGGUGCAGAUGUAAACUCUCAAGCCAAGGACAGAGCUACUCCCCUGCUGAUUGCUGUGCAGGAGGGCCACACUGAGUGUGUGGAACUGCUGCUAGCCAAUGGGGCAGAUCCAAACCUCUACUGCAACGAGGAAAACUGGCAGUUGCCUAUUCAUGCAGCUGCUGAAAUGGGCCGUAAAAAGCUGUUGCAGCUGCUAAUACCAAUUACUGAUCGGAUUUGUGACAAAAGCAAAGAUAAAGUGAGCCCUGUGUAUUCAGCAGUAUAUGGUGGUAAUAAAGAAUGUUUGGAAAUGUUACUUAAAGAAGGCUACAGUCCAGAUGCUCAGGAGUGCCUUAACUUUGACUGCAGAUCACCCAUGUGUAUGGUCUUCCACAAAGAACGUUUUUAUUUCAUUGAUAUUUUCCUGAAAUAUGGGAUCACCUUACUUGGGAUUAAUUUGGGAUAUUGCCUGUUCCAUGAAAAGUUUGCCUUGUUUCAACGCUUCUUGAAGCUGGGCUGUUCACUGCCUGCUGAGGACCAGUUGUUUGAGUUCAUAAAAUACACCAUUAAAGCACAGGAGUAUUACAAGGAAUGGCUGCCUUACCUGCUCUUGGCUGGGUUUAAUGCAGUGAAUUUAAUGCACAGAAUCUGGAUUUUCUCUGUGCAUGACGGUGCCCUUAAUUUCAUCCUGGAGUUCACAAACUGGAAGAGACUUCCUCCAGCUGUAGAGCAAGACCUUUCAGAAUACAAAGAGAAGUUCUCUUGGACUCCCAAGAGCCAUUUUGCCUGUAUUCCUUCCCUGUCUCAUCUUUGUCGUCUUGAGAUCCGGUCCAUUUUAAGGAGUGAACGCCUGCGAUCGGACCGGUUUAUCCGGGAAUUGCCAUUGCCAGCUUGUCUCCAGGACUACCUUCUCUACUUAGAUGUGCUGCGAGUCAACGCUCUGCCAGAAGCGGAGGAUUAUCUGGGGCAGAGAGAGGAGGGAGCUCCCUCUACCUGCCACUCAAGAGCUGAAGAUGCAGCGAGGAGGGACGCCGGUAACAGCGAUGCGAGGUGACUGUGCUGCCAGUGACUGACCUCUAGGGCUGCAGGUUUUGGAGUGGUGAUUAGCAGACACGGGGGAAGAAACACUGUAAAUAACUGCAGUAAUAAGUAUUUUCAUGCUGUAGUUUUACGCUGUGAGUUCAUUGAAACAAGUAAAUCAUAGAACUUCUAAGUUUGUUGUAGCUUUCUGAGUCUGUGAACACUUCCUGGUUUUUGAAGGGAAAUCUUUAGCUCUUACAGAGUAAAAUUAGCAUGUUCAAUGAACAUAGCUUAUAUACUGGUCAAAACCUAUUUGGUCAGACAAUGUUAAUAGAUGCUUUAUUCUAAGUACUGUAUAUACAAAAAAAAAAUAUCUGAAAGUCAAGUAACACAAUAUUGUAUUAUUGUUAUGAAUUUAUGUGUUGGGGAGUGUUCUAGCUGAACCAGAGAUAGGAAAAUAAUACAAGAAAGGAAAUUGUUUGCUGAAGGAA